UUUAUGACUAGAUCAUCAUAAGUAGUCCUUGGCUAGUUACAUUGUCAUUAUACAAUUUUAUCCUUUAAUAACAACUAGCUAAAUGUCUUUCCUAAUGAGGAAUGUUCCUUAGCUCCAGAACUGAGCCACUAUUUCUGAUCAGUUUACAUUAGACUCAGAUGUUGGUGAUUUGGGAAACUAUUUUGUUCUUAGGGAUAACCUAUUUUAAACAGUAUAUAAGAUGUUUAUUGAAUAUAUGUCUAGGAGUGAUAUUACUCAGUCAUAAGGAUACAUCACUCAGCCUUAAUAGAUAUUGUCAAGCAAGGUUCCAAAAGAAUAAGUCAGUAAUUCAUUUUGAAAAAUUGUCAGUUUCCAGUAAAGCUGGACAUACUCAAGUACUACAACCCGGUAAAUCCACAACUGGUAUUUAUUCAAAUGUGUACCUGAACACCUGUAAAAGAAUGUUCUCAGAAGGAUGAGGCAGGAGAAUCAUUUGAACAUGGGAGGUGGAGGUUGUGGUGAGCUGAGACUGCGCUACUGCAUUCCAGCCUCCACAAUAAGUGAAACUCCAUUUCAAAAAAAAAAAAAAAAAGAAAAGAAUGUUCAUAGACACAUUAUUCAGGUUGGCUAAAGUUGUAAGGAAUCCAAAUGUUAAUCAAUAUAGAAUUGCUAAGUAAACAGUGGUAUAUUUAUAAAAUGAUGUAGCAUACAGUAAUAAAAAUGCAACUUGAGAAAACAAGUGGAUCACUGAUAUGGUGUUCAGUGAAAGAACCUAGACACAAGAGUGUAUGCUGAAUGAUUCCCUUUAUACGAUUCUCAAUAGGAGGCCCAGCAAUCUAAUAACAAGCCAAAUAGUGGUUAUUUUGGGAGAUGGUGGUUAGAUUCUGGGCUCUGAACGAUGGUUAUAUUAUGCAGGACGAUUAAGAAAUGUGUACAUUAUACAUGUCAUAGUUCAAUUCAAUAUAAAUUUAAACAUAAUAUGCCAACUAUAGGAAAUAAUUUUCACAGGUAAGGUAAGAAAAGUGGAUAAUCAGAAGAACAGUAGCGAGAGGAUUUCAUUUAUGAACUUCAUUCUUUGGCACUCAUUUUCUCCCCCUAAAUUCGGUAUUUCAGCAUUAGGGACUUGCCAGCUUAGCACUUAAAUCCUCAGAGAUUCCAAACUUCUUGCCUGGGGCUCCUCCCGCUUGGAGGCGGGUAAGGAUGGAUGUAUAUAUGGACACACACACACACACACACACACACGACUGAGCUCCCCUCCAGUUCCACACAAUACAACAGGAACUUCACAAACAAGAACAAAGCUGCAGGAAAAGCACGUUGAGGGUGGCCCCUCGCUAAUUCCCAGGAUUUCAGCGCAGCCCGCUGGACAGCGCCAGGAUGAUUUCCGCUACUCUGGGCGAACAGUCAGGCAGGUGCUUCUACUGAUCCCCGAGGGACAGCUCCUUGUUCCUGAAAGGCUGUUUUCCGCUAGUUAACCGCGAGAACAAGCCACUGAACACGGAACAAAGACGCAACCGAUUUGCUUUUUUUUUUUUUUUAAUUAAAUUCAGAGUUAGCCGGAGCCGUGUACCCCCUCUAGAAGCGGAGCGCCAGAGUGUGUGGACGGAUCCUCUCCCCAGGUCCUGAACUCUUACGGACCGGGCGCUGUGACGCGCGCCCUGCGGGCAGUAAACUUGGAGGGGCGAGAGGGAGGGACAUCGAUCAAACCCAAAUCUUGUCCAUUCAGUCCUCAGGUCACCGAAGCGCGUGAAAACUCCAGAGGACUCUGCUUGAAAGGAUAUCAUGCCCCCCAAAUCUCUUUCCAACCUCUCGGUGGCCAUAGGCACGAAUGAGAGCGGUUCUGUUCCCGAGGAGUGGGAAAGGGAUUUCCUGCCGGCCUCAGAUGGGACCACCGCGGAGUUGGUGAUCCGCUGUGUGAUUCCGUCCCUCUACCUGCUCAUCAUUACCGUGGGCUUUCUGGGCAAUAUCAUACUGGUGAAGAUCUUCAUCACCAACAGCGCCAUGAGGAGCGUCCCCAGCAUCUUCAUCUCUAACCUGGCGGCUGGGGACUUGCUGCUGCUGCUCACCUGCGUCCCAGUGGACGCCUCGCGCUAUUUCUUCGACGAGUGGAUGUUCGGCAAGGUGGGCUGCAAACUGAUUCCGGUCAUCCAGCUCACUUCCGUGGGGGUUUCUGUGUUCACUCUCACUGCCCUCAGUGCCGACAGGUACAGAGCUAUCGUAAACCCCAUGGACAUGCAGUCGUCAGGGGCAGUGCUGUGGACCUGUGUGAAAGCCAUGGUUAUCUGGGUGGUCUCCGUCUUGUUGGCAGUUCCGGAAGCAGUGUUUUCAGAAGUGGCACUCAUCAGUAGCUUGGAUAAUAGCAGCUUCAUAGCAUGUAUCCCCUACCCUCAAACAGAUGAAUUACAUCCAAAGAUUCAUUCAGUGCUCAUUUUCUUGGUCUAUUUCCUCAUACCACUUGCUAUUAUUAGCAUUUAUUAUUAUCAUAUUGCAAAGACCUUAAUUAAAAGCUCACACAAUCUUCCUGGAGAAUACAAUGAACAUACCAAAAAGCAGAUGGAAACACGGAGACGCCUGGCUAAAAUUGUGCUUGUCUUUGUGGGCUGCUUCGUCUUCUGUUGGUUUCCAAACCACAUCCUUUACAUGUAUCGGUCAUUCAACUAUAAUGAGAUUGAUCCAUCUCUAGGCCACAUGAUUGUCACCUUAGUUGCCCGGGUUCUGAGUUUUUGCAAUUCUUGUGUCAACCCAUUUGCUCUUUACCUACUCAGUGAAAGCUUCAGGAGGCAUUUCAACAGCCAACUCUGCUGUGGGAGGAAGUCCUAUCAAGAAAGAGCAACCGGCUACCUACUCAGCUCUUCAGCUGUGCGUAUGACAUCUCUGAAAAGCAAUGCUAAGAACAUGGUGACUAAUUCUGUUUUAGUAAAUGGGCACAGCAUGAAGCAAGAAAUGGCACUGUGAUUUUGGCCAUUCAACUCACUAUAUGGAGAGAACUUAUGGUUAAAAUUACUAUUCAGCAGAUCAGAGCAAAAUAAUUAUCCUAUUCUUGCUGUUGCUUAGCUAAUUUAUUAGAAAAUUUUAUGAUUGACUCAGAAAAUGCAAGAUAUUUUUGCUCUACACUAGACUUUAUUUUUUUUCUCUUUUAAUUUCCUAAUUAUUGGAGUGUGGGAAAAGACUUCAAAUUGUUACAUAUAAUACAUAUUAUAUGUAUAUACAUGUAUUUAUGUGCACAUACAUAUGUACACACAUGUACAUUUUAUAUAUUUCACAUUAAAAAUGAUCCCCAAACCAUUGAAGUAUGUAUAAUUCAACAUUGCUUCAUAUUUAGGCUGUUGCUAAAGCCAAUUCUAGCAUAUUUCUCUUAGAUUUAUUUUAUCUCGAAGCAUGAAAUCAAUUUUUAUAUUGACUCAAUGAUUCAGUGAGGGUAAUAUUCAAACUCCUAUUAUUUGAAAUACAAGUCAGAUUGUCCUGGUGAACUUUAUUCACAACUGUUGCAUAUAUAUAUACACACAAAUAUACACACACAUACAUCCUUUAUUUGAAGAAAAUAAAAAAUUCAAGGGUGGAGCUUCAUCACAUCAAUACUUAUUGUGAUUAGUUCUAUAUUAAUCAAUUCAUAUCUGUAACUUAGAAUAUGAUUAACAGAUAUAAUGAAAUUAAUAUUAUGAAUUAUAAAAUAGGUAUAUGAAUAUGAUUUACAUUAUGAAUAUAAAAUAGGCAUCAUAUGAAUAUAAUUUAUAUUAUGAAUGUAAAAUAGGUAUCAUAUGCCCCAAAUUGCAGAACUACGACUCAGAAGUUUGCAUGACUAUCUUUGUAUAUAUUGCUAAAUCCUUGACUAUUUGGAUGAUUUUGUAUAGAUGUGAUAAGAUUUGUGUUAUUCUGGUGAGUUCAACCAUUUACUCAUCUUCUUUUGCAAUAGCCAACUGACAAAUAUGUGGGAUCUCACUUAGGCAGUUUUUUCUUGCUUUUCCUGGAUGAUACCACAGUUUUCUCUGAAUAAAUGUCUUCUUUUUUAAGCAAAAUGCAAAUGUCUUGAAUACAUUUUAAAAGCUCCUAGUUUUAAAAGCAUGUAUCAAUAAAUCUAAUAUUUAAGUUGA